GUGAGCGUGCAAUCUAGUGAGUGAGUGUGUAAAUGAGUGUGAGUGUGUGAGUGAGGGCAGAUAAAUGAGUAUCCAGAGGUUGGGGGGAGCAGUUCUGCAGCAAACACAUCGCUAUGGCCAUUGCCUGAGCUGAGCAGGGGUUUCCCAGUGUGAGUGUGUGAAUAGAAACACCAGCAGCCCUCACAUAAGACCCUCCCUCGUUGCUUUUCCACUGCAGUCAAAUGGACUUAACGUGUCGGCUGCUUCCCCCGGGCUCGGGCUCUUCUGGUUCUCUACUGGUUCUGUACUGGUCCUGUACUGGUUCUGGCGAGGAGCGGAGGCAGCGGCCGGGUCGGGGUCGCGUUGAGAUUAUUCAUCCGCUUCUUGCUGCGCCCGGAACGCUACAGCGGGAAUGAGACGCCUGAUCAUGCGACUGUCGCUACUGCUGCCAUAGAGAGAGGGGGAGACUAACAGGUAACUCGUGCGACUGCAGCAGGCGGCGGUGAGAGGGGCACUGACAGAAGAAGCAGCAGAGGAAGAAGCAGCCCCCCCGGAUCAGUCAGGCUUUGGUGCAACUUGCUGCAGUGAAUAUCCAGUGUAUACAGUCUAUAGGGUAGAGUUUAGUGACUGAGCGGCUGUCACAUGGGCUCAUUAUCAGGGGCAGCUGCAGCGCCGGGCUGAGCACAUUAGGAGAUGAUUGUGAGAUUAGGAAAUGAUUAAGGGAUUAGGAGAUUGAGAUGAUUGAGGGAUUAGGAGAUUAGGAGAAUGCUGCGGCAGGUGAUUCACACAGGGCUCAAGUCUUCUUGCUACAAACUGGGCUUAUUCGUCAGCCGCCACCCGGUCUUCUUCCUCACUCUCCCCGCGGUUCUCACCCUCAUCUUCGGCUUCAGCUUCCUGAGUCGCUACAAGACCGACCGGGACCUGGAAGCGCUGCUCGCCCCGAGCCACAGUCUGGCCAAGAUAGAGCGGAGUCUGGCCGGCAGUCUCUUCCCCCUGGAGCAGUCCAAGAAGCGCCUCUACUCCGACCUGCACACGCCCGGCAGGUAUGGCCGAGUCAUCUUCCUCUCUCAGCCCGGGGGCAACGUCCUGCUGCAGGCGGAGCUCAUUCUCCUCAUCCACCGGGCGGUGCUGGACAUGAAGGUGAAUCACCGGGGCUACAACUACUCCUUCUCCCAUGUGUGUCUGAUCAGGACUGAGGAUAAACGCUGCGUGUUGGAUGAGAUUAUCUCUGUACUGGAGGAGAUCAGACUCACUGGCCCCAACAACAAGACUUCUGCCCCCAAACUGCAACUCACCUACCCCUCCACUAAACUAAAGGAUGGGAGGCAGAGCUUUAUUGGACAUCAGCUGGGAGGUGUCGCAGAAGUACCAAACAGUAAGGAUCAAAGGGUCAAGUCAGCCCGGGCCAUCCAAAUAACAUACUACCUCCAGAACUAUGGUUCCACAACCCAGGACCAUAUCAGUGAACAAUGGGAGACUGAAUUUUGUACGUUAAUGCACCAGUUUCAGGAAGAGCGAGCAGACAUUCAGCUCUAUUCUUUAACGUCGUUCAGUUUGCUGAGAGACUUUCAAAAAACCAUAGACCUCUCAAGGAGUAAGAUUGUCGUCAGUCUAAUGCUGGUGCUCAUGGCCGCCACCCUGUCCAGCUCGAUGAAGGACUGCCUGAGGAGCAAGCCUUUUCUUGGAUUAUUGGGAGUGCUCACAAUCUGCAUCUCUAGUGUUACCGCUGCAGGGAUAUUUUUUGUCACGGACGGGAAAUACAACUCGACUCUGCUAGGAAUUCCAUUCUUCGCAAUGGGCCAUGGAACUAAAGGGGUGUUUGAACUUCUUUCAGGCUGGCGCAGAACAAGAGAGAGUUUGCCAUUUAAAGACAGAGUGGCAGACGCCUAUUCAGAUGUCAUGGUUUCUUACACGAUGACCAGUUCGCUCUAUAUCAUCACAUUCGGCAUGGGAGCCAGCCCCUUUACAAACAUUGAAGCCGUCAGGAUCUUCUGCCAGAACAUGUGCAUCACCAUCGUCCUCAACUAUUUUUAUGUCUUCUCUUUCUACGGUUCGUGUCUAGUGUUUGCUGGUCAGCUAGAGCAAAACCGUUACCACAGCAUCUUUUGCUGCAAAAUUCCCUCAGAGGAGUAUUUGGACAGAAAACCGAUAUGGUUUCAAACCAUCAUGAGGGACGGACAACAGCAUUCCUCCCACCAUGAACCAGAUCCUUAUGAGAACCACUUCAUUCAACAUUUCCUUCGGGAGCACUAUAAUGAAUGGAUUACGAAUACUUACGUGAAGCCCUUUGUGGUUAUUAUCUAUCUCAUCUAUGCAUCAUUCUCUUUCAUGGGUUGCUUACAAAUCAGUGGUGGAUCAAACAUCAUUAACCUAUUGGCCAGUGACUCCCCCAGUGUCUCCUUUGCCCACAUUCAGCAAAAAUAUUUUAGCAAUUACAGUCCGGCGAUUGGUUUUUAUAUUUACGAACCUCUCGAGUAUUGGAAUUCAACCGUGCAGGAAGACCUAAAGACCAUAAGUUCUGGCUUCAACACAGAAUCGUGGAUCGAACAGUACUACCAGUAUUUAAAGGUCGCUAACAUUUCUGUUUCUAAUAAAACAGAGUUCAUCAAUGUCCUUCAAAACGGCUUCCUACGAAGGGUGGAAUUUCAGCACUUCAAGAACGACAUCAUCAUUUCAAGAUCAGGAGACGAGUCGAACAUCAUUGCUUCUCGGAUGUUCUUGGUGGCGAGGACUAGUGAGAAUACGCAACGGGAAGUGGUGGAAUUGCUUGAAAAGCUGAGACCCCUAUCUCUCAUACAGAGCAUUAAGUUCAUAGUGUUCAACCCCACGUUCGUUUUUAUGGAUCACUACGGGAUGGCGGUGACUAUGCCAGUCCUGAUCUCUGGAUUCAGUGUAUUGCUUGUGCUCAUCUUAACUUUCUUCUUGGUCAUACACCCUUUGGGAAACGUUUGGCUGAUCAUAACAGUCACAUCGAUUGAACUGGGAGUGUUGGGUUUAAUGACCUUAUGGAAUGUUGACAUGGAUUGUGUGUCUAUCAUGUGCCUUAUAUAUGCAUUGAAUUUUGCCAUAGAUCACUGUUCCCCUCUGCUUUAUACCUUUGUAUUAGCCACUGAGCACACAAGAACGCUAUGCAUACAAGAUUCACUCAAGGAGCAUGGCACAGCAAUUAUUCAAAACGUGGUCUCAUUUCUCGUUGGGCUGGUGCCCCUUCUUUUUGUGCCUUCUAACUUGACCUCCACACUGUUCAAAUGCUUGCUGCUAACUGGUAGUUGCACGCUACUGCACUGUUUCGUCAUAUUGCCUGUCUUCUUGACUUUUUUCCCACCUUCUAAAAAACGCCACAAGAAAAAAAAAAGAGCCAAACGGAAGGAAAGAGAAGAGAUCGAGUGCAUCGAAAUUCAGGAAAAUGCAGAUCACGUGACUGCAGUAUGAAAAGACCAAUGCAUUAUAGAAGGGUUGAAAAUUAGCAGGGACGGUAGGCAAAAAAAUCGACAGCUUGUGUUGGCCAAAGUUGCAAGUGUUAUUAAGAAGGAGAAUUUUUGAAACAUCAAGGUGCGAGCUUUUUUCUACCUUUUUUUUAUCAAGACACAAAUAUAAAAAAACCUAAAACUGAUCAAACUUUUUUUUAUAACUUCACUUUCAUACUGAAACUGUUUGGUGGAAAUUUAAAUUUCGUAGGUGAUUUUUCCUUACUAGAGAGCAGCUGACCGUGCUUGUGUCUUUAAACGCACACAUGUUCUAAAUCAAUGAGGUGCAGUAAGAGUUCAGUUAUCUCAUCUGGUUUCAAUGGAAAUUGACUGCCCAUGGGUAACAGGCGAUUAGUUGUGAGAUUAGUAGCUACUACUUACAGCCAGCUAGAAAUAGUCUUCAUACAGUAUUUUCCUAUGGGGCAAGUAGUGUAACACUGUUCCAGGGCAAUACCCACCUUUCAAUAUCUAGUAAAGGCAGCUCUUCUGAAUUCAUUAAAAGUGGCCAAUUUGAGCACUGUGGUUCUCAAGUAGAUUCUAAUAUUAACAUUUAGAACUUUUGUUUUUUCUUUAUAUGCCUCACCUUUUUACUCCCCACCAUCACUUUGGUACCAUCAAACUUAUAAGGAGAACCCUAUUACCUGAUGACUCCCAUUCAUUGGCACAUCUGGAACUGCAUGGGCCUUUACUUCUAUGUAGGCUUCUGGUCAAUGUGGUCAUCCACUUGUGCCACCAUAUUAACAGUAUCUGACCAGUCUCUCUACAUGCCAUCAGUUGGUCCAGAUGUAGCCAGCUUACAUACAGUAUUGUGCUUGGAUUUACAUGUCCACUGUAGGUUCCAACGUUCAUGCUGAUUUUUUGGGGUGUCAAUAGUCUACUAAUUGUUAGGACCGAAUUGUUCUUUGACUUAGUCAGGUUGGUUCAGGUUCCAGAUGGAUUUAGGAUCAAAUCUCAUUUAGUUAUGUAAGAGAAGGUGAUCUGUUGGCCAAGGAUCAUAAUUGUGCUUCAUGAAGGUCACAUAGCCCAUAACCAUAAAGACUAAAGAUUAUCUUGCAUCCUUUAUUGUACCUUAUGAUUCAUGUUGCAAGUUUCAGUUUAGCAGGAGGCUAGAAUAAGCUUGAAGAAGCAACAUAUGGAUAAGCUCCUCUAAGGCAUGGCAUUAUUGUGCCUGAUAAUAUCAGUGUGAUGCACUCUAUAAAUGAAUGGCACUUUGUUUUUUAUGAGUUGGAAUGUACUGGAAUACAUGUGCAGAAUACAGAGAGACAAUGGGGGCAGCAGGCAAUCAAAGGCUUUGCUUUUAAAUGUGUACUUCCCAGGGACAAAUAUGUUGGUAAAUGAGCCCCAUUGUUUGUGUCCAGUAGACUUGCUUGUAAGAAGAAACAAAAUUGUUGAUGAAUCGUUUCAGAAUUUCACAGCGGAUGAUGCUAUCAUAUUGCUAAUUCCCAACAAAGGUAUCCGCUAUUGUAUCCAUAUUGUAAGUGUUUAGGUGGGAAAGUGCCAAUAUGAAGAACCAAUAGGGUGGACAUUUUGAAAAAGUGAGUUUGGAGCCAGAUAGAAUAAUGGUUUUCAUUCCAUGCCCCACUCGGAUGCAACCUUUGACCAGGCACCUCUUGAAGGUCCAACUUUAGGUUCCUUUUAGCUUAUGAAAUAAGUACAGAUAUAAGAAAAUAUUAGUCAUUCAGUUUCUAGAAUAUCUAUGACAGCGCAUACAAAUUCACCCCAAAUUGAAUCUUUACUAACUUUCAAUCUUGACUUUUCAUGUGUAGCUAGGAGAGCAACUGGAAAUUUCCCCCAAUUCAUAGCCUAACUGGUUUUGAGGCUGAGCCCCCCUGCAACUUCAAGCCCCCCAGGGAGACCAGCCGUACACUGUGGAAACCACUGAAUUAAGACAUGGUUGGUCAAUGGGAGGUAUUUUAUAUACUGCAAACAUGAAAAUGCAGGGAACAGACUGUACAUAGAGUUUUGUAGAAAAACAAAUGAUUAAUUUGAAGUGCAAAAAUAUUCACACAAUGAAAUAUGUGAAAAUUAUUAUCAGGGUAAAUACACUUGAAGACGAGAGACCUAAAUGUGUAAAUUCUAUGCAAAAGCCAAUUGUGUCAGCGUUUGGAAUGUUUUUCUUGUCUUUGUAUUUCUUAGACACUGGCAUUUAUACCAAUAAUGAUCAAAUGAAUGCCAAGAGUUAUCAAUGUUAGGACAGCCAGCAUAACAUUAUAAUCAUGAGAAUUGUGAAAAGUAAAGUAUCUCAUAGGUGAUAAUGUUUUCAGUGUACAUUUAUGUAAUUUAGACAGAUUAUUCAUCUUCUCUGUGUUUUGGGACUAGAUCUGAAUACCAGGAGACCAGUGUGCUUACAUAGAUGUAUUUAGGGAAGU